GAGUCAGGGGGCGAAGCCAAAUGGCAUGGGAAAGAGAGAGAGAAGGGGGUGCGAGUUAAAUAGCUUAUAUCUAUUUAUCCCUUGUAUCUGAUUCGUUUCAUUAUAUAUGUUUUCCUCAACAGAUUAAAUAUUACUGCGUGACGUUUACACAUGGGCGUAUUUUCUGUGCGUAAAACCGGUGCAAAAACGAUAAAACACGGCGAAUAGUGGAUCUAACUGAAGAGAGACAGAGAGAGUAAGACUGGAGGGUUUCUUGUUAUUUAGGGGCAGAGAGGGGCUGCUGUCAGGCUCUUUGCACGGAGAGAAAGAUUGAUCACCGCACUUUUUUUCCCACUCGGGGCUCCUCGUGCCCUCCCCAAAAUAUCCUCUGCUAAACUCUGGAGUUCCUGAUCUUUAUAAAAAUCUACACGUACGUCCUGUUGAGUCUGCAGGCCACUCAGCACACUCUCACUUACAAUUAUAGUUUAUAUUAUUGCUGCUGUAUUAUUAUUUUUCCUAUUAGGAGGAACAGGAGGCCUGCGCUUUGCCUCCUUUUCGGAGCGACCUCGCUGUGAACUCUCCCUCUCUCUCCCUCUCUUUCUCUGCGUAAACACACCGACCAUUUUUAACACACAUACAUCACACUGAGAGGGUGAGAGAGGUAGCAAGCAAGAAGACAUUUGGAGCCUGUGUGCAGAGGCUAUUUUAGUGAGAUUAUAUUUAGGUAAUAUUUAGGUUCCUCUCUGUCUAUCUUACAAACACACAUGGACAAAUGCUCUAACAACUAGUGUACUAAUAAACAAACAUAAACCCAAAUACAUGAAACAAAAAGUUGUCCACUUACACACCAACAGGCUCCCUCUCUCUUCCCAGUAAAAUAUAGAUUUCUGUCUUUCUGUUCUGUAAGAAGCCAAUCUGCUUCAUCUUCACUACCUCUGAGUACAAAUGUUCAUCAUCUUUUCCUGAGCUGCUGCGCCAUUUAAACCCCUCUCCAAGUUUUCUGUGCCUAAACUGGGGAUUUUCAGCCUCUGUCACACUUUAUAAGAUUAAUGAGCUGAGUGCUGUAAACAGUAGAAGGAGCCAUAUUGUAAACGGUGCUGGCCAGCUCCGUUCACCUAAUGUUAACCGUCAUUACAUCACCCAGAGGACCGAAAAAAUGUCCGAGGGAUGCUCUAUUGUUUGUGCGUAACACCGGGCCGGGAUGCGCCUGCCCGCCGCCCACACAGCGCACAUGGCGACCGUCGUUUUUUCUCCCCACACUUUCCCCCCCGUUAAGACAAAACAAUAGCAGCUACCCUGUCAUAUAGCCCCUCUUUGCCACAGCAUUUGGUGGAAAAAUAAUAAUGCUGCUUCCCACAGCCAUCGCCGCCGCCAGGCCCGGGCCGUUGAUUGGAUGAUUUGGGUCACAUGACCAGGAAUUGGCUGCAAUUUCGCCCCACAGUUCUUCAGUUUAGCCUACCCAGGUCCCCAUACGCUAGUAAUAUCACCAAUAUACACAAUUAUUAUAUAGCCACCGCAUUUACGCCAUUGCGGUCGGGAGCCUAUAUGCUCGUGCGUUUUUUCAUUUCGUUUUAUUUUUUAAAGAAGCCAUAUUGUGUCGCGUGCGUGUGCGAGCGUGCGUGUGUGUAUGUGUGUUUUUUUUAUUUUUUUUAUUUUGGGGAAGGGAUUGUUCGGGGGUCUCGCCGUUUGAGGUUGAAGCCGGUUUGAGGGAGCUAUGAAUUUUGAAUUUGAGAGGGAGAUCGGUUUUAUAAACAGCCAGCCGUCCCUAGCAGAGUGCCUGACGUCCUUCCCCGCCGUCCUGGAGUCAUUUCAAACUUCAUCAAUCAAGGAGUCGACAGUAAUUCCGCCUCCCUUCGAGCACACCAUCCCCAGCCUCAGCCCCUGCACAGCCAGCCAGCCGAGACCGGCUGCUAGGAGCCAGCAGAACCGGAGAACCUCCGUCACUAAUGGCCUCCAGACGCACCACCGAGGCGCCCAGCAGCCCUGCCCGUCCGGCCAGGCCCCUGCCCCGGCCACGGCCACCCCGGCCGGUCCGCUGGCCCACGAGUUCCCCUGGAUGAAGGAGAAGAAGUCAUCAAAGAAGUGCACUAAGCCUGGGAGCAGCUCCAGUGGUGGCGGAUCCAUCCUGCCCCCUGCCUCGUCCUCCCCGUCGCCGACCGCCUCCGGGUACGCUUCGGCGGGCAUCGAGUCACCCACAGACCCGAGCCAGGCGAGCCUUGAUAGUGGAGGAGCCGGGUCCCGCCGGCUGCGCACCGCCUACACGAACACACAGCUGCUGGAGCUGGAGAAGGAGUUCCACUUCAACAAGUACCUCUGCCGGCCCAGGAGGGUGGAGAUCGCCGCCCUUUUGGAUCUGACCGAGCGGCAGGUUAAAGUUUGGUUCCAGAACCGGCGCAUGAAACACAAGCGACAGACUACGCACCACCGGGACGGCGGUGGCGGAGGAGGCCACGAAUCCGGCGACCCGGGCGGGUUUGAGCCGCUCGAAGGCGCCGAUGCCUCAUCCCCGUACUCAAGCCAGCCAUUGGAAGCGUCUGGCACAGGGGAGGCUACAUCGGACGGCGAGGCGGGGAGCUGCAAUCCAUCUUCGGCCAACGCCUACGCUAAUGACAGUGGGGAUAAUGCACAACCCACGCCGGAGAAGGGAGGCCGAUUGAGCCGUCCCGAACGCCCACCGCUACCAGGGGCAUCUGGCUCCUCUGACUCUGCUGCGGCGCACCACUCCCCGCAGGCGUUCCCCGCGACGAACUCCGCUGAUAACACGGGCCUGAUGCAGCUCAACGAGGCCGGGCCCGCAGCAGCAGCGGCGGCCGAUCCGUCAUUCUCAGAGCAGCAAGACUCCUCCAUCACCUCAGCCUCCUCCUCUGCUCCUCCUGCCGCCUCCUCAUCGGCACUCCCCGAUCUGACCUUCUUUGCCGGGGACGCCUGCCUGUCACCCAGCCUGCAGAGUUCCCUGGACAGUCCGGUGGAUUUCUCCGAGGAGGACUUCGACUUGUUCACAAGCACACUGUGCACCAUAGACCUGCAGCACCUCAACUUCUGAGGCCGGCUGCAGAUGUGAAAGAAAAAGACGAAUAAAGAAGGAGUGGACGGACAGGCCUGUGUGGAUGAACAAUCGAGCAGAGGAGACUCGGCGAGGACUCUGUUGUUUCAAGAGCAUAAAAGCUUCUCGGCAACAUUCCUGAAACAAUUCUGAAAAUUAUGUUCGUUUAUAAAUAUAUUUUCCUCUUCUUGCUGGUUUUAUUUUGCGGCUAUAAUGUAGUUUAAGAGAGAUGCGUCUAAUUUCAUUUUAUUUUUAUUUUUAUUUCAAACAUCGAAGGGAAAUAGUUUUUGCUUUUUCCACGAUCGAAACGUUGUGGAUUUUUUCUCUCCCCUUGUUCAGGUAUUUAUUGCCUUUCUUGUUUUUCGGCCAUUUUCGUUAAAAUGAUUAACCCUUUUCAGUAUGUGUGGAUUUAUUUCCUCUAGUGCAUUCUGGUGCAGCUUCAUGGAUCCUUAAUAACUUCUCAGGAACUGUUCACGGAGUCUAGGCGCAGAUAGCUGGACUGCUUUUAGAAAAUCUCAACUGAAGAAUGAAUUCAUUUUCUCUCUCUGAGCGAGACAAGACGAGAGAGAGAGAGAGAAGCCCUGCUGAUGACCCGAGUUUUAGACCCUAGUUUAUUUAUUGAGAUUCUUUAAUAGUGAAAAUCCAAAUUAUUUAUUGUACAUAUAUUUUCAUAGUGGAAUAAUAAUAAUAAUAAAAAACACACAAACAUUUA